CAUCAAGUGCAGGAGGGAAGAGAGAAACUGCAGCUAGUUCAGAAUCGUGACGGAGAGGCAGAAGAAGAGGGAGAAGGACUAACAGAGGAGGGAGUCGCGUUCCCUCAUCAGCACCUGAUUUAUACACCUGAGCCACACACACACACACACGCACACACACAUAUGGACUAAUGAUUCUGGUGGAUGGACCUGCCGCACUCACCUCCAGUCUUCCAGCUGUGGACAUAUGAGACUCACCCCUGUGGACAGACAUGCAGUUCUACUAUGUGGGGGACCACACCUGGGCGACCAUGUUGGGACAGAGCGUGCGUCUGCAGCCGGUGCCCAUCCAGAGCCUGUCGGAGCUGGAGCGCGCCCGGCUGCAGGAGGUGGCGCUGUACCAUCUGGAGGAGAGAGACCUGGAGUGUAAGAUCAACAUUCCCAAAGAAAUACGCAAACGAAGAAAGUCCCUCCGCAGACGGUUUGACUCCUUCUCAAAGGAAAAGAAAGAGCGAGAAAAUGCCCCCAAAGCAUUCGGCAUCCCGCUCUCCCAGGCGAUCGCCAACGACCAGGCGUACAAGCGGCGUCAGGACGCCCUGAAGGAGAGCAGGCGCGACUGUCUGGACCUGGAGGCCAGCGUCCUGCGCUUCAGGGCCGAGAAGAGGCAGUUCUUCAACGGGAGCAAACCUCUGGGCAGCUCCUCGUCCAUCACAGGAGGAGUCCCCGGGUCGCCUUCCGCCAACUCGGUGGCUCCGGCGCCGGUGUACGACACGCAGGGCAAAGCGGCGUCGCCGACAAUUAUGGACAGCGCCAGCCGAGGACAAAGAAGGGGUGGGCUGUCGGUGGACUGCCUCUCUGACCUCGUCGAGAGUCAGUCUCGCUUGCUGGAGGCGCUGCAGCUGUCCCACCCGGCCGAGCUGGAGUUGAAGAAGUCUCCGUCCGAAGGGAGGACCCAGUCCAAGCUGAGCCUCAACCCCAUCUACAGGCAGGUGCCUCGGGUGGUGGAGAGGUGCUGCAGCCACAUCGAGACCUACGGGCUCCAGACUGUCGGCAUCUUCCGAGUCGGGAGCUCUAAGAAGAGAGUUAGACAGCUGCGUGAAGACUUCGACAUGGGGGUGGACGUCCAGCUGGACGAGGAGCACAGCGUGCACGACGUGGCGGCGCUGCUCAAGGAGUUUCUGCGCGACAUGCCGGACCCCCUGCUGCCCCGGGAGCUCUACCCCGCCUUCCUGCACGCUAACCUGUUGAGAGGAGCAGACCAGCUGCAGUUCCUCCAGCACCUCCUCUACCUGCUCCCUCCCUGCAACUGCGACACGCUGCUGCGCCUCCUGUCCAUGCUGCAGACCGUGCAGAGCUACGCCCAGGACACCGUGGGGACCAACGACGAGGAGAUUCCCGGUAACAAGAUGACGGCAGGUAACCUGGCCGUGAUCUUCGGGCCGAACCUGCUCCAGUGGGAGGGAGGCGGAGACAUGAGUCCUCAGGCGAUGGGCAUCGAGGACAGCACUGCGAUCAUCAGCAUCACUCUGGUGCUUAUACAGAACUACAAGAGGCUCUUCACGGUGUCUGCAGAGCUUCAGCAGGAAGUCUUGAUGAGUCUGAUCCAGACCGACCCGGAUGUCAUCGAUUAUCUCCUGCGGAGGAAACUCAGUGGCAGCCACCUGACGGUAGAGGGCAGCAGCGAGUCCGGGGGUCGCCGGGACACAGGGGCCUCUUUGGACUCAGUGGGGGCCUCAAGCGGAAGUUUGUCCCCUCUUGAGCCCCCGUCGCCGCUUUUCCCUCCGGAUGGGAGUGGCGGCGAUGGCAGCCUGACCAGCGAGGUCUUCCUCAACGUCCUCAAACUGAACCAGACCAGAAACCGGCCAGAAGGGAGAUUCGGUGAGGCCCGCUCCGCCAAGUCCAUCCGCCACAUGCGACAGUUCCACUCCCACCACAACCUGCUCAGCCUGUCCCAGCCGUCCACCUUGUCCCGUGUGCACAGCCAGGACGGCGACCCCCAGGACCGGCGGGGUGGCGCGCUGGGCGCCGCCAUGGCCUUCACUCUAGGCGGCGGCGGCGGAGGAAGCUGCUCCAGCCUGAGCGGCUCCACCGAGAACAGCAUCUGGGUGAGGCAGAUGCAGCAGGACGAGAGCAAAUCGUCAUCGGCCGCCAACUUCUGGGACUUUUUUACUGGAAAAAGCUCGGGCUCUGAGACGGUGGUAUGACUAAGGGGAGGGAGAGGAGCUUAAAGGGACAACUGGACAAGCUUUGGCGCUGAUGCCGUCUGAAUCCCCCAAACAAACGGUCAGUUAAAGAUCUUAAAAACGAGACUCACACAAGCUCCACUUCUAGGUUGAACUAUUACAAGUAUUCAAAGUUGCACAACGUUUGGCGUCUAUACGACGCACAAAACAUGAAGAAUGACAGACAUUAAGCAUCUCUAGACAUGAAAGUGGAGUAAGGCAUUGAUGAGGACGUCUGUGAUCAGCUCAUUCAGUCAUGAACAAAUAGAGGCCAAAAUCUGUGUGUUUUCGAAAUGGAGGGAUUUAUGUACAUAAGUUGCAAUCCGUGUUUUACACACAUCUCUGCUCUACAUACCAGCUGCUGUUUGGCCUCUAACAAACAGCAGAAACCAAAUAUUUAACAAGUUCUAAAAAUACACACCGUCUCCUUCCCUUUGUUUUCAUUCAAUCUGAGUAUUUGUUCCUGGUUUAGGUCAUAAAAUUCUCUCUUUUUUACUGAAUGUCUAAAUAACAAAAGACUAAAUAACAAAUUUUCUUCCAAUUCAGAAGUUUACAUUCAUUGGGUUUAUUAUGACGUCAAGGCUUUGUAAGUCUCUGAAAAGUUAGUUCACACUGGCUGUGUUUCCAUUGACCGUAAAUUGCGCAAAUUGGGAUUAGGAGAUAAAUUUGCUUGAUGGAAACGCGUUAAUUUAAAAUAUAGAAACUCGUGCGGUUUUGAUUUAACGUUUUCCGCCUGUAUUAAAAUAAUCGCCCGAGACGUGAUCAACAACCAGAUGCUACUGCUGGCGGAAAAGUUUUUAAAAAAGAGAACAGGAAGUAGUAGGAGGUUGAUGGCAUGAACAUGUCAAAAUUUAAAUUCACGUGAUUUUAAUUGCAUUUCUUAAUGGAAACACUGCAAUUAUUAAAUUGUGUUUUUCCGAAAUUAGCCCAAACAUCGAUAAAGUUUGCAGCACAUUUGUAAUGGAAAUGAAGCUGCUGUGGCCGCAUUUUCAAAUAUUACCCUAAACAUGAGGCUUCCUUGUGUCACAUCAUAGGAAAAUCAGUGACUCUGUGAAUAAAGCAUCAGCUUUACCUUUCUGCACAUCUGAAACCAAGCCAGGUUGCGUGUCGUGAGCGCUGCAGCUCCAGAGACGUCAAAUACGUGCUGCACAUGUAUGUGGUAAAAUUUAGGUACAUACUGCUGAAAUGUCAUAGCCAUUAUGAAAUACCAUUACGCUAAUUCAUGCUACGCAAUGCUACCGCUUUGUCUGCACCAAUGAAGAAUCCCUCACCUCAUCAUGCUGAAUCUUGGAGUGGCUCCAGCUGACGACAGCCUGACCUACUCUCUGAUUGAUUGAUUAUUUAGAAUGAAGAAUGGAGUUAAUUAUGUGCUUCAUUAUAUAUACAAAGGGUUAAAAGCUUUAUAUGCGAUUAGCUUUUUGCUAAUUCCUUUAUUUAAAAAUUUUUUUAAUCCAUCAUAUAAGAAACUGUGACCUCAGCCGAAAGGCGGGAGGUAAACUUGGCGUCCCUGUUUUAAGUUGUUUUGAACUUUGUAACCAUUGCUCUGCUCCUGGCCAGUAUUAGCAAAGGUGGCUGUUUUCCUGUAGCCAUUUGCCAACUUAUCUGUAUCCGUAUUUUACGUAUUUUUCUCUCUUAAACUACGGAAGCACAGCGUCCUGAUCGCUCAGUGAAAUCUGUCACACAUUCCAGCUAACUUCUAAAAGUGGAGCUUGGAUUACAAAAAUCUUUGUUAUAUUUACUUGAAAUGUAUAACAGUUGCGCCGAAGGAUUUCUCCAACCUCAUUGAACAAAAGGAAAGGUUGAAUUUCUAAAGCCUCAUCAAUAAGUGUGACUACAAAUGAGUGUGGCAAACAGGAAGCAUUUUAACCUGACCAGUAUAGUAUGCAUUAAUUCAAAUGUGAUAAGCGGUUCUGAACAGAUUUACUUUAUGUCCUGCUUGAAACAUGUAUUCUUACCGCUAGAGGGCAGCAUUUCCCGUUUUGACCAGUCUGUGGAUAAAUGACGUCAUCAUCAGGUUAAGAUGUUCUGUCCUGUUUUCCUGACACACAACCGAACCUGAACAUAAUCUGUCCUUCACCUAAGCAGGUGAUCCACUUUUUUUUUUUUUAUCCAUUGUAGAGGAAAUUAUCUAUUUUUCUUUUGUCUGUUUUUCUAUACCAUUUAAUAACCUAUUAAAGUGUUGCUAAAUUCUG